AUGAUAAUAAACCACCCGGCUACUAGUUCUCCAGGAUCGGUGGGCGCUCAGUGUGACUGCGAGUCCUCUCAGUUUGACAAGGAAGAGUCCAUCUCUGGCAGUAUUUUGGCUAUGAUACACAGACUUCCAUAUUCUGUAGAAACUAGCCAACAGAAUGAAAACUUAUGGGUGUGUGCUACAACAAUCCCUUUCAUCACAGAGAGAAACCAUCAAGUGAGGAGCCUGGCUCAUCUCUUAGAUAGUGUGGAAAUGGCCUACAGAACAGACGUUAAACUUUACAGCUCCAGACACUUAAAUCAUAACAAGCUUUAUAAGCCUUCAGAGAAAAUAAACCAGGGACAAUGCCAACCCUGUGUUGUGGAGCUUGACAAGGCCAAAUACCAGUUCAUGCCUUUAUACUUGGCUGGUGUAACUAAAACUGAACAGUUUAACAAGUUCCUACAUUUCCAGAAGGAGUUCAUAACAAAGCAUGAACUGUUACAGAAUGAUUUCACAGAGAGCAAAGUAUCAGAGCAGCAUGAAAGCAAGCUGGCUAAGGUUUAUUAUUCAGAGAUGGAGCUCCAGAAAAUCUGUGGCUGUGAUCCCCUCCGUUUCAAGCGACUACAGGUUGCUGAGGAAGUAUUUGAAGAUAUAUGCAACAGCUCUCUGAUAUUUGGUGUUAUUCUGAAGGAAAUUAAGAAUGAGAAUGAGCUGUACAGGAUGAUGCUUCUGGACUCGCCUACAGCACAGUACAAGCUUGAAUCUAUGAAGUGUAAAGUUCUCAAUAAAUGGGAGGAAAUUAACAUACCAGAGAUUGAGAAGAAAGAAACAAUGGUUUAUGCUGGAAUGGUGGAUAUAAUGGAAAAUACUCUUAAAGAACUAGGGAAUGGGAUGGUUCUGGGUGGGAUUUUCAGGAAUCCCAAGUUGCCAUCAUCUACCCUUGAAAUGAAUGCUGAAAUGCCUAGCAACUUCAAAGGGGGAGAGAUAGGACAGUUCUGA